ACAUUUAACUGGAUACAAAUAAGCGAUGUGCAAAAUAUUCGGGUCAAUACAGUUCAUUCAUAUGCAUUUAUUCACACAAAAUCCUAAGGUUGGGUGAACUAUUAUAAUGUGAUAUUUUUAUAUGAAGAGAAGUUUCAGCCACUGGAUCUUUGUUCACUGAAUCAAAAGCCAAUUCAUUCAGUCAAAAUGACCUUAGGCCUACACCGGAUAUAUGAAAAAUUAAAAUGACUAAUAAGAAGAACAACAAAAAUGUGUAAAGCAUAUUAAAAAGCCAUGCGUUAAUUGGCACUACUGUGAGAGGUAAAAUAAGCUCGAAAUGUCAUCCAGUCAUCGAUCUCCUAUCACUGUGUCGUAUAAAUGAAUAAAUAUACAACGUGAUUCUAAUCGGUGAAUAUGAAAUAAUGAAAGUUUAACUAUCCUCUGGUAUUGAUCAGUUUAUCAAGUAGAAAACAAACAAACAAAUUAAUUAGGUGGAUACGGAACACGUUAUACUUUGCUGAGCACAUCAGUUUCUACUCUCAUAGGUACAUUUUAUUGAUCACUAGAUUUAAACAUUGAAAUGAAUGAAUCCAGACACACGAAACCACUUGUUUUUCGAUAUGGUUAUAUAGAGAAAAUUCUCGAUUCAUCUUCACGUUGAUAUCUGUUGAGGUAACAUUGUUUUAUUGUACUUCAAUUGUUUUUGAGCUAAGGUAAAUUGAUAUCCACAGUGAGCAAUGUAUCAUCCACUAAAUUGAUAUCACCUGUGUGUUCACGUUUACAUGAAAUGGAGAACAAAGUAUGUCAGAGUGGUAUUCGACGCGUUGAUUUCAUACCUUUACACUGAAAUAUCAUUACAGUUGACUGGAAAUAUUUAUUUAUAUUCAGUUUUACAAAGAAUUUAUUUCCGUGUGUGUAUUUUGUAAAAGUGACUUGCUAUCCCCUUCAAAUAUUUUAAUAGUGGACAUGAAAGACACAUCAAGUGUUGGUGAGAAUAUUGACAACACCUCACUCCGUGAGGAAAUCGAUGAGGAACAUUCCAAGACAAGCUUUAUUGAAGUGGUAUGUAAUUUAUUAUUGAAAACUAAAAGAAAAUAUCUACAUUUCUUUCAAGUACUUCGUCUUUUGUUGUAUAAUGGUGGCAGUGACGGUGAUAAUCACGGUAUUAGUAGCGAAUGUGUAAGGCUGCAUUUUAACAACUUUCCUACGCAUCUCUUUGUUUUUAGGGGAGUUCUUCAAUAUGUGUUUUAUAUACUAUACGUGCCAAUCACCUCUUUAGUUGUUGGUGUAAUCUCCAUGGCAGUAUUGAUUCUGUUCGAGAAUUUUCAAAAAUUUCCUGUGAUGACUUAUGUACUCAUUUCAUUGACUGUGUUCUCAUCUUCUUUGUCGCCGCCACUUUCACUAAGUCCUUGGACUCUGGACACUACUAGCAUGGUCUUCAGCAAUAAUUAUUGCUGUCUGUUCAGUCGCAAUCGGAUAUACAGUAGAACGGCACACAAAAAAAGUGUUAAUGAUUAUACUGUAUGUUGCAAUCGAAUUAGUGGUCAUCAGUGGUAUUCUGUUUAUUUUUCUACACUUCUUUCAAGUGAGUAGACUUUGAAUUUAACACUUUAUUUGUUCUAAGCAGCUAACUCGAAAUCUGGUGUUUUCAAGCUUGUUUGUUCCAUAUAGAAACUUAGAGGAUUUAACGGUCAAAUAUCGCUUGACGGAUACCUCUGAAUGUCAGCCUAGAUCAAUACGUCAUGUGUGUUUCACGCCAUACUUGGUGUGACAACAAUCAGUGAUACAGUAUUGGCGUUAUUGUUAAUAUCUGGGUGAUAGUAGUGUUAUCACAUUGGAGUACCUACUGAAUACUUAUCUCUGGAAGUGGUUGCAAAUAUAAUUGCGAGUUUAGAAAUCCAUUAUUUCAGAUAUCCGAUCAUUCCCUCCAAGUCUUCAAGAUGUAACAAUUGAAUGGUGUUAAUGUAUUUUCAUGAAUCUCUCAAAGUUCAAUCGUGAAUCACUGUAAAAUUGAUGUUGGUUGGUAGUUUUUAUUUGAAUUUCAACAUAAAUGAAUAGUUGACUGUAUAAACAAUAUAGAGAAUUGGUAAUUAAACAGUGAGUGCCAGGGAAAUAUGCUGAGGAGAAUUUCACGUACAAGAUAUAGCAACACGACAUAUUUUAUCUAAAACUGAUACAAUAAUUUUUUCCAUUCUCUCCUAGAGAAACAUUCGCGACCUAGUAUUCGGAGAGUUUUGCGCUUCGAGUCUGAUAUUAAUGCUAUAUCUGACUGGACAAACUAUACAACAAUACACUGGAACUGAGAUAACUAGCGAAAUGCCACUUUCUGCAGCUUUCCUAACUUGGAUGGAAGUGGUUUUGCUUUAUUUCAGCUUAUGUCUCCUGUAUGUGAAGCGAAAGUGAAAGAAAAUUUCAACAACCUCUUGUUUUGUUGUUGUACAUGAAGUAUUCAACAUUGAAC